AUGACGACGACAACGAGAACCGCGACCUCCGCAGCGGCAACAACGAUAACGCCGACGAAAGACGAUACAAAGAAUGAGAAAAGGAAAAUCCGAGGGUUAAUUUUCGAUAUGGAUGGGACGUUAACCGUUCCGAAUUUGGAUUUUAACGAGAUGAUGCGUCGACUCGGGUGCAAAACGAACAAUAUCUUAAAAGAAGUGGACGAGUUUGACGAGGAGAGGAGGAAGAGAUCGUACGAAAUUAUCGCCGAGAUGGAAGUAGAAGCGCUAAAAUCUAUGAAAGCGAUGCCUGGGGCCGUUAAGUUAGCAAAGUUACUGGACGAAAUGAACGUUCCAAGAGGCUUGGUGACACGGAAUGUGAAGACGUCGGUGGACCAUUUUCAUAACGUGGCCUGGAAAGAUGGCGAGACAGAUACUUUAAUGAAAGCAUUUCACCCGGUGUGUUCGCGAGAAUUCACGCCGUAUAAACCGGCUCCGGACUCGCUGUUGCACAUAUGCAAAGUGUGGGGCGUCGACCCAUCGGAGGUCAUGAUGGUGGGUGAUUCGCCGAAAGAUGAUGUAGUCGCGGGAAAUCGAGCCGGUUGCGUGACGGUUUUAAUCGAUGUCGAGGAUACGAAUAGAAGUUAUGAUAUAGAUGCAUUGGAAGGCGAACACAUUCCGCACUUUAUCGUUCCUAGAAUUGAAGAGAUUUCGCAUUUGCUUGAGUUUCAUUUUGAGGUUAUCGGGGACGGAGUUGGUGAAACUAAUCGGUAA